GAAGAGGAAAAUGCUUAUCUUCACUGUCAUUGGCUGUAUACCACGUGACACUCCCGAAACGUUUUAGGCAAAGAAUCUGUAAGAGAUUCUUUGGUUUUAGGCGCUAUUUCUGGUUUUUCGCCAACUGCAAUUGUGUUUCUCGCCAAUUGUUAGCGGUUUGUUUAAAUCAAGGAUAUUGCUUUUUUUUUUAUUAUCAAAAUGGAUAUGUUUAAAUGUAAAUCUUGCAGUUCAUCUUUUUAUGCGAAAAGAUAUUUGAAAGCGCAUGCACAAAGAAUACACGAAUUUAAAUAAUAAAGUUGCACCAUUUUCGUGUACGUAUUGUACGAAGCAAUUUUGUACAAAAAAUUCUUUAGCUAAACAUAGGAUACGUAUCCAUAAUAUAAGGCGAAGUAAUAUUAAAUGCGGCGAAGACGAAUGCCGGGAACUAUUUCCUACUACAGGAGAUUUAAGAUCUCACUUAGAGACUUGCCAUAAUUACAGCAAUAUGACCAAAUGUAUAAAACUGGAGUUUCAAAAAAAGCAAGACUUUUAUUCAUGGCUAUCGGAUGAAGAAAGAAAAACAAAGACUCAUUUUGUGGUAGAUUCAUCUGGGCAGAAACAUAAAAAUUACACCAGGACGCUGUUUUGCUGUAAUAGAAGUGGGACAUACAAAGCAAAAGGCAAAGGUGAAAGACAGCUAAAAGCACAAGGGACUUCCAAAACAGGUUUCUCUUGCACAGCUACUGUCAUACUAAAAGAUUUUGGCAAUCGUUUUGAAGCUGUAUAUUUUAAAGAACAUUACAAGCAUGAAAAAUCCCUUUGUCAUCUCCCUAUUCCUAAACAAGAAAAGCAAAGUAUAGCAGGUAAAUUAUUGCAGGGGGUGGAAGAGAAACGAAUUUUGCAAGAUGCAAGAUUCUCUUCGAGAGAUGAUAUUGAAACAAAACAGUUAAUAACGAGAAAAGACCUGCAUAACAUUAAGAGGGAUUUUGGUCUGAGCAUUAAUUCUAAAGGAUUAAUUUUAACAGAUGAUGAGACAAGUGUUUGGUCCUGGGUUAAUACGAUGUCGCAAAUGGAAUUCAACCCCGUUCUGAUGUAUAAACGUCAAGGAGAAAAAUAUGCAAAUGUAAACGAAAAUGAUUUCAUGUUAGCAAUAAUGACAGAAUUUCAAAAAAAAAUGUUGAUAGAAUCUGUAUUGAUUCUACACAUGGAAUUUCUGCUUAUGGAUUUGAACAUUGCUUGUCGUUGAUAAGUAUGAAGAGGGCAUACCAGUUGCUUUCUUAAUAUCAUCAACAGUAUCAGAAAAAAUUUUGGUAAACUUUUUUAACUGCAUCAAAAAGAUCAUUGAUAUCAAGCCAAAGGUUUUCAUGAGCGAUGAUGCUCCCAUGUUCUAUAAUGCAUGGGAGCAUACAUUUGGUUCUUGCCAAAAAUUAUUAUGUGCUUGGCAUGUGGACAGAGCAUGGAAAGGUCAUUUGAAUUCUGUGCCAAAACAUAAAAGACAAGCAGUGUACAAAACUUUAAAAACUUUAAUGUAUGAAUUAGAUGAAGAAAUGUUCAACAAAAUGUUAGAAACAUUUUCUGAGCAACUAUGUGAAGAUGAAGACACGCGAGAAUUCCAUAAAUAUUUUAUGACAUACUAUUUUGAAAGAGCCAAAAUGUGGGCAUACUGUUUCAGAAAAGGGGCUAAAAUCAACACCAAUAUGUAUGUUGAAACAUUUCAUCGGAAAUUAAAAUAUAUUUAUUUAGAUGGGAAGAAAACCAAACGGGUUGAUAAAUGUAUCAUCGAGUUAAUUAAUCUUGUCAAUGAUCAAAAGUUUGACACUUACAUAAAAUAUCAGAAAGGAAAAAUAACAAAGAAGACAACAAAAACAUUUCAACGUCAUAAAGCUGCUGAGCUUUUAAAUGCUAACUGUGUAAAAAAAGAUGAUGUAUGGGAAGUUUCAUCAGAACUGGGAGAAAAUUCUUAUAAAAUUAUCAGAGAUCA